UACGACCACCUUCGCGACCAUCCAUAAUGUUUGCUCACUAUGAAUACCACCUCCAUAUUGUUCAUGGACCCCUCGGUCUACUUCCUUCUGUUCUUGCUCGAGUCUACUUUCUACUUCCUUCAAUUUGUCUCGUCGUUCGUUCUAUGCUCUGUCUUGUCUGACACCUCUUCGCCUGUGGCUUUCAUUCCUUUGCUGUUCCACCACGCGUAGCACGAGAGAGAGCCACCAUGACUGUCCUCGAGCGUUUUGCAGAUUCGCUCAAUCAUGCCGUCGCUCAAAGCCCGGUUGGGUACUACUUUCAUCUCGAGGGCUCUGCUCACGUAUGUGUGCUGCGUCAACACGUCCAUCUCACUCAGCUCUAACCCUGCCCUGACAGCCACACUCGUUUGCGGGUUCAAAGUUUACGACUGAGCUUCGUGCUGGCCUCACGACGUUCUUCACAAUGGCAUACAUCAUCUCAGUCAAUGUAAGCAGUCACUUGUAGCUAAGUGUCCAAGCCCUCCCUGACCGGACAACAGGCCGCCAUCAUCUCAGGCACAGGAGGGACCUGCGAGUGUGCCCACACCUCUCAAGACCCGCUAUGCAAAGAAGACACCGAAUACCAACUCUG